AAAACAUUAAAACAUAUGAACACAUUAGUUAACACCUGCAAGAACACAAUAACAAGUAUAGGAGAACAUGAUAGCAACAAAUUUACAAUAAACAAGAUAAAAAAGAACAAACACACACACACAAAAAGUAUUUACAUAAUUCAUAUAUUCAAUCGGAUAUCUUGAAUGGCCAAGUUUAGAUAUAAAAGGCAAUGGAAGCAUUUGCAUGAAUUGAUCAGGCAGGUUUUCAACAAUAAAAUGCACCUACUUGUUUUUUGGAAGCCUAUUUAACUUUACAGUCAUAUUGAUUAAACUUCAACAAUUCAUCAUUAGGGAAAAGAACUGAGCAAUCUUUAGGACUAAACAUUUUAUAUUACCCAAAGAAACGAAUACAUCUAAGAAAUUGGAAGAGGGAUUAAAGUCAAAAAUAUGCCUCAACCUGCGGAAUCUUCUAGAAUUUCUCAAAUAUCUUCGAUACCAAACUACCGCCGUUUCGCUGACACUAAAUGGAAUGAAUUACCCAUAAAUCAUCUACCAUAUCAUAAGCGGAAAUUCAAAUAUACGGAGGCCGAUAUUGAUGAAUUGUGCCCAUGGUUUAAGCUUAGAUGCAGGCGAACCCGGAAGACCGGUGGGUCAAAGAAGGCGGCCAAGUGCGUGGCUUUUCAAUGUAAAAACCGGAAGCAAAAGAUGUUGAUCAACCCUCCAGAUCAGCAGUAUGCCAGUGAAUUCUUAUCGGAGGUUAUGAGAUUGAUAACACCUCAUACUGCAAAAGAAGUACUAGCUGACGAAUUCAAACUACCUAAGGAAGAAGUGAACAGAUUAACAAAAGAUUUAAGAGGUCCAAGAAAAAAAAGUGGUGGCUCCGUAAAUGUCAAGGCAAAGGAUGAUUGGUUGAAAGAAUAUAAACGAAUAAUCACCUCGAAAGUCAUAGACUACUUAGCAACGGUAAUGCCCGCAAGGCGUACUAAGAGAACUCACUAUAUCGCUGAAACAUUACUUAAACAUUUUUGUGAUUUGACCGAGGAGCACUGUAACUUGAAUAACCCGCGAAAUAGAUUACAGCGAAUUCAAGUGUAUGUUGCCGACAGAAUUGCUAUAUGGUUAGCAGAUAUAAUGGCGGAGACGGAUGAAGAUAUAUGUAAAGAUUUUAUUGAGAAAUCUCAGUUUAUGAAAAAAAUGAAGAUUGAAAGAAAAGCCAAACAUAAAAAAAACACAAUAAAGAAACCAAAGAAAAAGGGAGAACCAAAGAAAAAGAAAGAACCAAAGAAAAAGAAAGAACCAAAGAAAAAGAAAGAACCAAAGAAGAAGGAAGAACCAAAGAAAGAGGAAGAACCAAAGAAAAAGGAAGAACCAAAGAAAAAGGAAGAACCAAAACAAAAAGAAGAACCAAAGAAAAAGAAAGAACCAAAGAAAAAGAAAGAACCAAAGAAAAAGAAAGAACCAAAGAAGAAGGAAGAACCAAAGAAAGAGGAAGAACCAAAGAAAAAGAAAGAACCAAAGAAGAAGGAAGAACCAAAGAAAGAGAAAGAACCAAAACAAAAAGAAGAACCAAAGAAAAAGAAAGAACCAAAGAAAAAGGAAGAACCAAAGAAAAAGGAAGAACCAAAACAAAUGAAACAGAAAAAAGUUAAGGCAAAAUAUGUUAAGAAAAAAAUAGAGAAAGAGAAAAAAGAAGACAAAAAUAAAAAGGAAGUAAAAAAGAAAAAAGUUGUUAAGAAGAAAAAAAAAGUACAGAAGAAAGAAGAAGAGGAAAAGAAAAAAGUAGCGAAGAAAAAAAAAGUAGAGGAGAAGAAAGAAGAAGGGGAAAAGAAAAAAGGGGAGAAGAAAAAAAAAGUAGUGAAGAAAAAAAAAGUAGAGGAGAAGAAAGAAGAGGAAAAGAAAAAAGUAGAGAAGAAAACAAAAGUAGUGAAGAAAAAAAAAGUAGAGGAGAAGAAAGAAGAGGAAAAGAAAAAAGUAGAGAAGAAAAAAAAAGUAGUGAAGAAAAAAAAAGUAGAGGAGAAGAAAGAAGAAGUGGAAAAGAAAAAAAUAAAGAAGAAAAAGAAAGUAGAAAAGAAAAAAAUAGAGAAGAAAAAGAAAGUAGAGAAGAAAAAGAAAGAACCAAAGAAAAAGAAAGAACCAAAGAAAAAGAAAGAACCAAAGAAAAAGGAAGAACCAAAGAAAGAACCAAAGAAAAAGGAAGGACCAAAGAAAGAAGAAGAGGAUAAGAAAAAAACAGAGGACAAGAAAGAAGAAGAGGAAAAGAAAAAAAUAGAGAUGAAAAAGAAUGUAGUGAAGAAAAAAAAAGUAGAGGAGAAGAAAGAAGAAGUGGAAAAGAAAAAAAUAGAGAAGAAAAAGAAAGUAGAGAAGAAAGAAGAAGAGGAUAAGAAAAAAGAAGAAGAAAAGGAAAAAGUAGAGGAGAAGAAAGAAGAAGAGAAACAAGAAGAAGAGGAACAAGAAGAAAAUGAAGAAGAAAAUGAAGAAGAAUAUGUUAGUGAUUAUGACAAAGAGAGUAAGGAUUUUGUAGAAGAGAGUAGCGAUUAUGAAGAAGAAAAGAUAAGUGAGAAAAGUGAACCAGAAGAUUUAGAAGAAUCGAUUGAAGAAGAGGAAAAGGAAAAAGUAGAGGACAAGAAAGAAGAAGUGGAAAAGAAAAAAAUAGAGUUGAAAAAGAAAGUAGAGCAGAAGAAAGAAAAAGAGGAGAAGAAAAAAGUAGAGAAGAAAAAAAAAGUAGAGGAGAAGAAAGAAAAAGAGGAAAAGAAAAAAGUAGAGGAGAAGAAAGAAGAAGUUGAAGAGAAAAAAAUAGAGAAGAAAAAGAAAGUAGAGCAGAAGAAAGAAGAAGAGGAAAAGAAAGAAGAAGAAGAAAAGAAAAAAAUAGAGAAGAAAAAGAAAGUAGAGAAGAAAGAAGAAGAGGAUGAGAAAAAAGUAGAGGACAAGAAAGAAGAAGAGGAUAAGAAAAAUGAAGAAGAAAAGAAAAAAGUAGAGGUGAAGAAAGAAGAAGAGGAACAAGAAGAAGAGGAACAAGAAGAAAAUGAAGAAGAAUAUGUUAGUGAUUAUGACAAAGAGAGUAAGGAUUUUGUUGAAGAGAGUAGCGAUUAUGAAGAAGAAAAGAUAAGUGAGAAAAGUGAACCAGAAGAUUUAGAAGAAUCGAUUGAGAAAUCGCUGGUUGGGGAGGGAAUUUACGAACACAAAACUAAGGGAAAUACAAAAUUAUUGCCUGAGACGUCUGAGGCUAAGACCGUUUAUUAUAUCACGCGAUCUAAAGACGAUUGUUGCUAUUACAGCGUUAAGAAAAUUAGCGAAGGGAAAGCGUGUGCCGCGGCGAGGUCAGCGCAAUAUGAAAGAAUAGCCAUAAUUUCGGAUUCCAUUUGUAAGACGCCUCCCAAUCGUGGCCAUACUAAAACCGCUAAGGAGAUGAAAGAGUGGGCUAAAUGGUCAGCAGGCGUUGUCAAUCUCGCUGAAAAGUGGGCGACUUGGAUAGAUCAGACUUGCGAGCAGGCGGAAAUAAAAGCUAAAAGGGGUAAAGAAAACAAUCCAGAAUGGCAAAUGUUCAAAAGAGAUACUCAAGCACAAGCCAAUGAAUUGCGAAGAAAUAAAAGAUAUGUUGAAAAGAUGACUAAAGUAUGGAAAAGCAAGUAUCAAGACUAGCUUGAUGAUUGUAUUGUUAAAUCCAUGUAUUGUCCGUAUUGUUAAAUUUAAUAAACUAUUUUUCAAAAUUGUUACUAAUUGC